AAAUGUUUGAACCAAAAGUAAUAGAAAAGGAAUUAAAGUGUUCUAAUCAAAACCAUAAAGAAGCUGUAGAAAUGGUAAUUUGGGAUCCUUAGUUAAAGAAAGAAUAAAGAUUAAUUUGUAAAAUCUGUUAAUAAGAAUAAUCUGGAGCAAAAAUUUUAAUGCCUUUAAAAGAGGCAUUUGAAAGAACAUUAGAAAAGCAAAAGAAAAUGAUGGAAAAAAUAUCACCUGCAAUUUAAGAGAAUGAAAAAUAUUUAAAAACUUUGGAGAGUGAAAUAAAUAAAUUAAAAGAUAAGGCUUUUUAAGCUUUAGAUGGUAUAAUAAAAAAUACAAAAUCUUGGUUAGAAUAAUUACAUAAAGUUGGAUAAUCCACAGCUUCUUUUAGUUUUCUUGAAGAGUUAGAUAAAAUGAUUAUAUAAAAUGAACAUUAUGCUUCUGAAGAAUAAGUUUAAAUAAUGGAGAACAUUCAUAAUAUAAAUAAUGCUUUUUUCUAGAAAAUUGAUGCUUAAUUAAAUAAUUUCUUCCUUUUUUAAGAGUAUUAAGAUUGUUAAAAUUCAUUGAUCAAUGUUAUUCAAAUGAACUUGAGUGAUUUUACAUAAUCGAAAAUUAAAGUGGCAUAAGAAAACUCUGGUGAUAAUGUAAUUUAUUUUAUUUAAAAAUUAGGCACACUCAAAAUAGAAAGCAUUCUGUAAAUAGCAUAAAAAAGAAAUAAUUUUUGUUAAUUUGGCAUAAAACAUCAGUAAAGAUCUAAGAUCAGCUUGUAGUAAAUGCAAUCGAAGAGAUGGAGAGUUUUUUGAAGAAUUUAUUGAAAAAUGGAAAGAAUUUGAGUAGAAACAGAAGGAUUCUCUUUAAAAAUCAUAAGAUAAUUUAUCAAGAACUGUUGAAGAUAAAUAAGAGUUAUUAAAUAAAAUACGAUUCGAUAUAGUUAGUCAAUUUUCAAAAGUAAUAAAUUAAUUGAGGAAUGUUAUGUUGAAAGGAUUGAAAGAACAGUUUAAAACUGUGAAUAAUCUUACAAUGAUAUUUAAUGAGGGAUAAAUUAAUGAAAUGGCUGAAAAAUUAAGUAAACAAGAAUAAUUGAAAAGCAAUGAUUUACAAUUAGAAAUAACAGGGUGUAUGUAAAAUUUGAUAUCUGAAAUCUCAAAUAGUUUUGGGUAAUUUUCAUCUUAAAAAGAUUUAUAACUGAAGAAAGUCUUAAAAAAAACAAUAGAAGAUGAAGCUCUUAGCAUAGGUAUGGCUUUUAAUUAAGAUGGAUCUUAAUUUAUUUCUAGCAGCAAUUCAAAUUUAAUAUUGUGGAAUUUAAAUUAAAAUGAGAUAACAAAAGUUGCCACAUUAAAGGGUCACAAUGAUUAUAUUAAUUGCGUAGUCUUUAAUAAGAGCAGCAAUGGCAUCAUUUCUGGAUGUGAAGACUCCUCUAUAAGAUUAUGGAAGUCACAGAAUAAAAAUGAAUGGGAGAGUGUAGAAGCUGAAAAAAAACACUAUUAAAGAAUUUCUUGUUUAGUUUUAAAUUCAAAAGAAGAUCAACUAUUUUCUGGUAGUGGUGAUUCUAAAAUCUGUGUUUGGAAUAUUGAUUUUUAAAAGAAAUAAAUCAAUCUCAAAUAAAUAUUACAAAAUCACAAUUAAGAUGUUUUUAGUUUAAGUUUAAAUGAAGAAAAUACUUUUCUAGUUUCUUGCAGUUUUGAUCAGAAAAUUGUCGUUUGGGAAAUUUAAAAUAAUGAAUGGAAAUUCAAAUAAUUAAUAGAUAAUGAAGUCAAAGAUUUUGGUUAUAGAUUAUCAUUUUUAAACGAAAAUAUGUUUAUUUGGAUAACUGCAAAUGAAGGUUAAGGAUAGAUUUGUGUAUUUAAAUUAGAAAACUAAAAAUUUGAGGAAUAAAAAGAUAAAAAAUUAUAAUUAGCUCAUUCUACAAAUACCAUGGAUUGUAUGUAUUUUCCAAUUGUUUAUAAUAAGAAUAAAAAUGUUGCAUAUGUUAAACAUAAAAAGCAUUUAUAUAUAAUUAAACUAGGAACAGGAUCUUCAAAUUGGACUACAAAUGAAAUUGAAUUAGAUGAUGCAUAACACCUUUUUGGUGCCAUAUCACCUGAUGGCUAAACACUAGUAACAUACAAUUUAGAUGAGCAAAAACUUCAAUUUUAUGGAUUUUAAUUCUAAUGAGUUAUCAAGUACAAUUAUUAGG